GCCCCCACUUCUCUCUCUCUUGCGUGAGCUCUCUGUCUCUCACUAACUCCCUCACUCCCUCACCCAUCUCUCUCUCUCUCUCCCUCUCUCUCUCUCUCCCUUUCUCUCUCUCACUCUCCCUCACCCUCCAUCAGUUUCUCCAUCAGCUUCAGUCAGACUAGAAGGGAGUUGGAGGCUACUGGGUCUACUGUCAGAUAGGCAGCACUAGAUCCAACAACCCACAGGAUUAUUUACCUUUAAAGGAAUAUACUAUUUUCCUUGAUUCUACCUCUUGCCUUUCUGUCUUCCUUCAUCAACAUCCACAUCCUACUCUUACUCUUCUUCCUCCCCCUCGUCCUCCUCCUGCCUUUCUUUCUCCUGCUUCCACACCCUGCCUCUGAGUGUGUUGGAGAGAGGCACCGUUCGCGCGGCAAAGCGGUUCGAGUGGACCUCAGUGUGAGUGUGAGUGUGUGAGUGUAUGUGUGUGUGUGAGCCUCUCCAGUCCACUCUCUCUCGCUCAGUGGAACAGCCCUUUUUAAAUGGACUUUUAUAUUGGUUUGAGACUUUAUCACCAUUGAAAGCAACACCACUGCCGAAGCACUACUGUACAUGUUGGAAUAAAAACAGAUCAGAAAAUCUUUAGUCCCAAGAUGAGUGAGGAAGCUAAAGAUAAAACCACUGGCAAACCAGCGCAUCGUAAGAAGAAAGGCAAAAAGUCGGACAGCAAUGCCAGUUACCUGCGAGCAGCGCGGGCUGGGAACCUGGAGAAGGCCCUGGACUACCUCAAGUCUGGGGUAGAAAUCAACAUCUGCAACCAGAAUGGGUUGAAUGCUCUUCAUCUGGCCUCUAAGGAGGGUCAUGUAGAGGUGGUGGCUGAGCUGCUGAAGCUAGAAGCCAAUGUGGACGCGGCGACCAAGAAAGGAAACACCGCUCUUCACAUAGCCUCCCUGGCCGGCCAAACGGAAGUGGUGAAAGAGCUAGUGACCAAUGGAGCCAAUGUGAACGCACAGUCUCAGAAUGGCUUCACCCCGCUCUACAUGGCAGCCCAGGAGAACCAUAUUGAGGUGGUUCGCUUCCUCCUGGAACACAACUCCAGCCAGAGUAUGGCCACCGAGGACGGGUUCACCCCUCUGGCGGUGGCACUGCAGCAGGGGCAUGACCAAGUGGUGUCUCUGCUCCUGGAGAAUGACACCAAGGGCAAGGUGCGUCUGCCCGCCCUGCACAUCGCCGCCCGCAAGGACGACACCAAGGCUGCAGCGUUACUGCUCCAGAACGACCGCAACGCAGAUGUGGAGUCCAAGAUGAUGGUGAAUAAAACGACAGAGAGCGGCUUCACUCCUCUCCACAUCGCUGCUCACUAUGGCAACAUCAACGUGGCCACGCUUCUGCUGAAUCGGGGGGGAGCUGUGGACUUCAUGGCCAGGAAUGACAUCACACCUCUCCAUGUGGCAUCUAAAAGAGGCAAUAGUAACAUGGUCAAACUGUUGUUGGACAGAGGAUCCAAAAUAGAUGCCAAGACUAAGGACGGACUGACACCUCUUCACUGUGGAGCGAGGAGCGGUCAUGAACAAGUGGUUGAGAUCCUGCUGGACCGCGGAGCCCCCAUUCUGUCCAAGACAAAGAACGGGCUGUCCCCCCUGCACAUGGCCACUCAGGGCGACCACAUCAACUGUGUCCAGCUCCUCCUUCAGAACGAUGUCCCCGUUGAUGAUGUCACCAACGACUACCUGACAGCGUUACACGUGGCCGCCCACUGUGGACACUACAAAGUGGCCAAGCUCAUAGUGGACAAAAAGGCCAACCCUAACGCUAAAGCACUGAACGGCUUCACCCCGCUUCACAUCGCCUGCAAGAAAAACCGCUCCAAAGUGAUGGAGCUGCUGCUGAAACACGGAGCAUCGAUCCAGGCUGUGACAGAGUCUGGACUCACUCCUAUUCACGUGGCCGCUUUCAUGGGACAUGAGAACAUUGUCAACUCACUGACGCAUCACGGAGCUUCGCCCAACACCACCAACGUGAGGGGGGAGACAGCGCUGCACAUGGCAGCCCGGGCAGGUCAGGCUGACGUGGUGCGAUACCUGCUGCAGAAUGGAGCGAAGGUGGAGACUAAGGCCAAGGACGACCAGACAGCGCUGCACAUCUCCAGCCGGCUGGGGAAGGCCGACAUCGUCCAGCAGCUGCUGCAGAGGGGGGCUUCUGCUAACGCUGCCACCACGUCAGGCUACACACCCCUCCACCUGGCUGCCCGCGAAGGUCACGAGGACGUAGCCGCCAUGCUGCUGGACCAGGGUGCAUCGCUGUCGGCCUCCACUAAGAAAGGGUUCAGUCCUCUUCACGUGGCAGCCAAGUAUGGGAAGAUGGAAGUGGCCAGCCUGCUUCUUCAGAAGAGAGCAUCUCCGGAUGCAGCUGGAAAGAGUGGGCUAACUCCACUGCAUGUAGCUGCUCACUACGAUAAUCAGAGAGUGGCUCUACUGCUUCUGGAUCAGGGAGCAUCUCCCCACGCCGCCGCCAAGAAUGGCUACACACCCCUCCACAUAGCUGCCAAGAAGAACCAGAUGGACAUCGGGACCACCCUACUGGAGUACGGGGCGGACACCAAUGCUGUGACCCGCCAGGGCAUCAGCCCUGUUCACCUGGCUGCACAGGAGGGCAGUGUGGACCUGGUCUCUCUGCUGCUCACCAAGAACGCCAGCGUCAACAUGGGCAACAAGAGUGGUCUCACACCUCUCCACUUAGCGGCGCAGGAGGACAAAGUCAACGUGGCGGAAGUCCUGCUCAACCAGGGGGCGGACGUCGACCCCUCAACAAAGAUGGGAUACACUCCGCUGCAUGUGGCUUGUCACUAUGGCAACGUCAAGAUGGCGGACUUCCUCAUACAGAACCAGGCCAGAGUUGAUGACAAAACAAAGAACGGCUACACGCCCCUCCACCAGGCGGCGCAGCAGGGCCACACCCACAUCAUCAACCUGCUGCUGCAGCACGGAGCCUCUGCCAAUCAGCUGACCGUGAACGGGAGCACAGCCUUGUCCAUCGCCUGUCGUCUUGGUUACAUCUCAGUGGUCGACACUCUCAGGCCAGUGACUGAUGAGAAUCUGACCUCUGUGACUGCGACAGAAAAACACAAAAUGAACAUCCCCGAGACCAUGAACGAGUUUCUGGACAUGUCUGACGAUGAAGCUAAGGCUAAUGCGCCGGAAAUUCUCAAUGACGACUGUAUUUCAGAUGUUGACGAAGGUGAGGAUGCAAUGACCGGCGACACUGACAAAUAUCUGCGGCCCCAGGACCUCAAGGAGCUGGGGGACGACUCUCUCCCGCAGGAGGGCUACAUGGGGUUCAGCAUUGGAGUCCGCUCAGCGAGCCCUAGGAUCAGCCUCCGCUCCUUCAGUUCGGAUAGGUCCAACACCCUCAACCGCAGCUCCUACGCGCGAGACAGCAUGAUGAUAGAGGAGAUCCUCGCCCCGACCAAGGACACGCUUCAGAGUGUCUGUAAAGACCUGUCCUACUUGAUUGACCCUCUCAAUAAGCACCUGGCUGUAACCCGGGACUACGAUGCAGAGUGUCUGAGGCGCUACAGCUGGACCCCAGACACAAUAGAUCACAGUAACACUGUGUCCAGCCCCAUUCACUCAGGCUUGUCCUCCCCGCUCCCUCAGUAUGACUCCAGAUUCCUGGUCAGCUUCAUGGUGGAUGCCCGUGGGGGUUCCAUGAGAGGAAGUCGAAGCAACGGCAUGCGUAUCAUCAUCCCGCCCCGGAAGUGCACGGCUCCCACCCGCAUCACCUGCCGCCUGGCCAAGAGGCACAAACUGGCCUACCCCCCACCCAUGGUGGAGGGAGAGGGUCUGGUCAGCCGCCUGGUGGAGGUCGGCCCCGCAGGAGCCCAGUUUCUGGGACCUGUGAUCGUGGAGAUUCCUCAUUUCGGCUCCAUGAGGGGAAAGGAGAGGGAACUGAUCGUGCUGAGGAGCGACAACGGUGACACAUGGAAGGAACACCAGUACGACUGCCAUCCAAGUGACAUCACAGACAUUCUCAACGGGAUGGACGAAGAACUGGACAGCAAUGCUGAGCUGGAGAAGAAGCGUAUCUGUCGAAUCAUCACCAGGGACUUCCCCCAGUACUUUGCGGUGGUGUCCAGGAUCAAGCAGGAGAGUAACCACAUGGGUCCAGAGGGCGGGACUCUGACCAGCCUGACCGUGCCCAUGGUCCAGGCCUCCUUCCCACAGGGGGCGCUCACCAAAAAGAUACGCGUUGGCCUGCAGGCUCAGCCCGUCCCAGAUGACAUGGUGAGGAAUCUCCUCGGCAACAGGGCCACCUUCAGCCCUAUCGUUACUGUGGAGCCUAGGAGGAGGAAGUUCCACAAGCCCAUUACCAUGACGAUCCCUGUACCGCCCCGAUCGGCAGAGGGCCACCCCAGUGGACCCAGGGGAGACUCCACCCCCUGCCUGCGCCUCCUCUGCAGCAUCACAGGUGGAACAUCUCCUGCCCAGUGGGAGGACAUAACAGGAACUACUCCGCUGUCCUUUGUCACAGACUGUGUUUCCUUCACCACAAACGUGUCGGCCAGGUUCUGGCUUGCAGACUGCCACCAGAUUCCUGAGACGGUCGGUCUGGCCUCUCAGCUAUACCGGGAGCUGAUCUGUGUGCCGUAUCUGGCCAAGUUUGUGGUGUUUGCCAAGAUGAACGAUCCUGUGGAGUCACGCCUCCGCUGCUUCUGCAUGACGGACGACAAGGUGGACAAGACUCUGGAACAACAGGAGAACUUUGAAGAGGUGGCCAGGAGCAAAGACAUUGAGGUCUUAGAGGGCAAGCCUAUCCAUGUGGAUUGCUAUGGCAACUUAUCUCCUCUUACCAAGAGUGGGCAGCAGCUGAUCUUCAACUUCUUCUCUUUCAAAGAGAACCGGCUUCCUUUCAAUGUGAAGGUCAGAGACAUGGGCCAAGAACCAUGUGGUCGACUCUCAUUUUUGAAAGAGCCGAAAACCACUAAAGGUCUUCCACAGACUGCCAUAUGCAAUUUGAAUAUCACACUGCCAACUCAUAAGAAGGACAUGAUGGAGUCUGAUCCUGAUGAUGAGACUGAAAAACCAGACCGACGUCAUACCUUUGCCUCCUUAGCUUUGCGUAAGCGCUACAGCUAUCUGACCGACCCUGCAGCGAAAACAACUGAUCGGAGCUCGCAGAGAACACAGCCUACUGGCUACGCUUACAAACCUGUCUUUUCAACGAGAUCUUAUCAGGCGUGGUCGGCUGUUCCUGUCUCCGUCUCUGAGCAAGCCAAGUCUGGGUUCGGUUCCCACUCCAGUUCAUCGUCCAACACGCCCAAUGCCUCUCCACUAAAGUCCGUGUGGUCCAUCACCUCGCCGUCCCCCAUCAAGUCCAACAUAGGCGGUUCACCGGCCCAUUCCAUCAAGUCAGUCAGCGACGUAGCAUCCCCCAUCAGGUCGUACAGGACAAUUUCAUCCCCAAUUAAGACUGUAGUUCAGCAGACCCAGUACCCAGUUCAGGUCACCCCCAGUCUCCUUUCAUCGCCAGUCAGAAGUGUUCCAGACUCCGUUUCCAUCAAGGGACUGGCAGCAUUGUCUUCUAGAACCUCUCCCAUCACCACUGGUGUGGGGUGUCUGCUAGAGAGGUCAUCAAUCGCCAUGAGCCCACCUGCUUCGCCCAAAUCCUCACUGAACAUGUACAGUUCAACUCUGCCAUUCAAGGGUGUCAUGGUGGGCACUGGCACCACAGCAUCGUCCUCUCCUAUAAAAACUGUUCCUGGCCUCUCCUCUGUCCGGUCCAAUGCAGACCCCUUAAGUCUAUUUUCCUCCCUUUCCUCACCAAUUAAAGCCAACACUCCUCCUAGUGCUGCAGCUCUGAUCAAUGGAACAGUGUCCCCUACAAAGUACCGCUCCUCCUCGCCCACAUCCCUACUCUCCAGCAGCUUACAGGAGAGGAUACAGGCAACCACCAAUGCAGCAACGACAAGCGUAAAUGCAGCCUUUGACGAGGUUGAAAAGACUUUCAAUUCCUGCUCUGCCUCUGGAUAUGGCACUCUGAAGUCCAUGUCCUCCUCAGCGUCAUCAUCUUACCAAUCCAUAAGAUCCUCAGCCUCUAGUUCCCUAUAUGCCACUCUAAGGUCCCCACCAAACUCUACCACCACUGUCACAUCUGGCACCAUGACGGUCCCAGUGUAUUCGGUUAUAAAUGUGUUGCCAGAGCCCCAAUUUAAAAAGCUCCCUGAAGUGUCAACGCCAGCUGCUGCCCUCUCGUCCUCUCGAAAAACUGUGCCUGCUGAGACAAACUCAGCCCAGUCUUCCUUUGCCAGAACUCUGUCACCUAUCAAAUCCUCCUUAUUUAUGCCCCCGACUGCCCUGAAAUCCACCACCUCAUCCCCGCUGUCCUCCAGCCAAGAGAUACUGAAGGACGUGGCAGAAAUGAAAGAGGACUUGAUACGGAUGUCUAACAUCUUGCAAACAGAACCAAGUUCAGCCUCCAAAGGUUUCCAGUCUGACUCUCCCAAAGAGGCUAAAAUAGAGGACGAGGAGCCUUGCAGAAUUGUAGAGAAAGUUAAACAGGACCUGGUCAAAGUUAGUGAGAUACUGACCAAGGAUAGCAAGACGGCUAUUAAAAUUAAUAAAACAGAUGAGGCACAGUGCUCUAAACAAGCACCAGUGGAUCCCCAGCCAAGCAACUGGAGUUAUCCACCAAGAUAUGAGACAGUGGUUCCACAAAUCAAAACUAAGACUAUACCAGACAGAGAUUUCAAUCUAUUGAAGGUAGUAGACUACUUGACAAAUGACAUUGGCAGUGGCUCAAUCUCAAAAACUGCAGAUGCAAAGCAUAGAUCCGAUGAUGUUAGAAGGGAAGGAGAGGAGAAACAAAAACGAAUGCUUAAACCUGAGCACAAGCUGAAAAUGCCACCCGCAAACAUGCGGUCCUCUGCCUCAGAAAAGGAGCUCUGUAAACUAGCAGAUGUGCUAUUUGGGCCUGAUGCCAUGUUAGAAUCUCCAGAUGACAUUUCACAUGACCAGGACAAGAGUCCCCUCUCAGACAGUGGCUUUGAGACGAGGAGUGAAAGGACACCCUCUGCCCCACAGAGUGCGGAAGGCAUGGGACCCAAGGCACUUUUCCAGGAUAUUCCACCAGUAAUCACUGAGACAAGGACUGAGGUUGUUCGUGUUAUUAGGAGUUAUGAGUCUCCUGAAGAUAACAAGCAACCAAUGAUGGAGGAUACAAGAGCAGUUCGAUACACUGAUGCAGAACCCAAAGGUCUGAAUGCAUCCAAUGUGGACCAAACUAAAUCAUUUCAGAUGAAAAUCAGCCCGGACGAUGACUCAAUGGGCAAGAGCAUGCGUGUGAAGGAAGAGACCCACAUCACGACUACCACACGAAUGGUGUACCACAAACCCCAGAGUAAAGAGAAUACAUCUGAGAGGAUGGAAGAAUCAAUGUCAGUGCAUGAUAUCAUGAAAGCUUUCCAGUCCGGCAGGGAUCCCUCCAGAGAACUUGCUGGACUGUUUGAGCACAGGGCCAGCAAUGAUGACACAUCGCAGAGGGAUAUAAACGUAAAGCCCAAAGUUGAAAGAAUAAUCGAGGUUCAUAUUGAAAAGGGCAACAAAACUGAACCAACUGAGGUCAUCAUCCGGGAAACAAAAAAUGACCCAGAGAAGGAGAUGUACUUCUACCAAGGGAAUAGUGGCCUGUCACGACAGGGAGAGGAGGAGCCUGAAGAAUCGCUCCCCUGUUACCUAGAGUCUUCCAGAGUAAACACGCCCAUGUCACAGGAAGACGACAGUCGUCCAAGCUCUGCACAGCUCAUGGCAGAUGACUCGUACAAAGCCCUGAAGCUUCUCAGCCAGCAGUCAGUGGAAUAUAAUGAUGAUGAAUCAUCAGAACUCAGAGGGGAGUCCUACAACUUUGCAGACAAAAUGCUUCUCUCUGAGAAACCAGACUCUUCUCACUCUGACACCGAGGAGUAUUUGAGGGACAGGUCUCAUUUUCACUCCCCAGAUAGGAGUAGUUAUAGUCAGGAACGGUCUAGUGGAUCAAGGCAAGAAUAUAUUUUGAGGUCAUCAAACAUUGACAAAUCAGGUCAAAUUGCCAAUGUAGAUGAUAACUUUGACAAACUAACAUUAUUGCAGUAUUCCUCAGAACCUGGUAGCCCAAAGCACUCUGUUUGGAUGCGUGUCACUGAUGACAGACAGAGUCAGAAUAGAGAAAAGCUAAUAUAUGAAGACAGAGUAGACAGAACUGUUAAGGAAGCAGAGGAAAAACUUAGUGAGGUCUCUCAGUUUUUUCGUGAUAAGACAGAGAAACUGAACGAUGAGCUCUCAUCCCCUGAGAAGAAGUCCCGCAGGUCAGACUUUAGGGAAACACGAUCUGGGCCUAGCUCUACGCACAGCAGUCCUGAAAGAUCAACCUAUAAGAAUGGGAGCAGUGGUGAGGAAUGUAGAGAACGUUUCAGGGACAGGUUUGGCUCCAAUGAUAGAAAAUGUGCUAGUUUACCGAGCAGCCCAGAGAGGAGAGUGCUGCUACAGUAUAAUGAUGACAAUAGAAAACCAGGUGAUGUCACUUCACAGGGCAAUGUGGGUGACGCCUCUAAACCAUUUCAAAUGUCAUCCUCCAAAGUCAGCGCUGUUAGGCUAAAAUUUGAACAAGAGGCUCAGAAGCAAGAAAAGGGUCCACAAUGGGGACAAACAUCAAAUGCCCCAGUAAGAAAACUCCAGGAAAGUACACUGCCUGUGUUUCAAGUCUUUGCUGGCUCAAAUAUCCCCAAAUCACCAGACAGUCCAGGAAGUACCAGGAAAGUUCUAGAAAGUGAGGUUAGAGGAUCUAGUAGACCAAGCCCCAGUCCAAAUAGGUAUAUAUGCUCAUCUCCUAAACACGACACAAACGGAAAUGAACAGGAAGAAAAAAAGUCCUUCAAAACUUGGGAAUGUCAUGGAAAUGGAAACUAUAAACCCCAAGUGUCAAAACUAGCUCACACAUUAGUUCAAGAUGCGCAUGGCAAUGACAGAAAUUCACAAAGAGAACUGCAGGGCUUUAGAGAUGGAAUAACCAGUAAAGAAGAGACAACCAAGAAAACUAUUUACACAGAGCUUGUGGUUCGAGAAAACCCAAAUAGUAGUGAUGUACGUACCGGUAGUCCAAAAAAAAACUCGGAAUCGCAAAUUCCUGUUAGAAUGCCGUGUAGUUUUUCAGAGAAUGAUCAAUCCAUAUCAUUAAAGUUAGAUACCUCUGUUAAACUGUGUGAAAGGGCAGGAUCACAAAUACCUACUUUAGCUAGAAAUCGGUUGCAUGGCAGCUCUGAAGCCAACAAAUCUACAAACGACUCAUCGGUAGAAAAAUCCUCCGAUUCUUAUGAUAGUAGUCAGUCAACUGUAGUAUGUAAUGGUAUAGAUAGCGACCAAGUAGAAUACUUGGAAAACAUAACCCCUGUAGUUGUCACGGAGGGUUUCAAAGACAUCAAACCAUUGCCAGUUUAUGUAAACAUCCAAGUGGGCAAGCAAUAUGAAAAAGAAACAUCUGGACUGCUGGGAACGUACCAAAAAAUAGUGAGUCACGAGAGCCGAACAGUACACGAGACACGGGGAGCAUUUUAUACUGUCAAACAAAAACAGCCCCCAUCUCCUCAAGGCAGCCCAGAGGAUGACACUCUAGAGCAAGUAACUUUAAUGGACAGCUCUGGCAAGAGUCCUGUUACUCCUGAGACACCAAGCUCUGAGGAGGUGAGCCUUGCCUCCAGAAAGACAGAUUCCGUGAUUGGAUAUAUGCCCGGCAUGCCCAGUCCAAUAGCAGAGGAGUCUGAGGAAGACGAAGGAAAGACCUUCAUCUACAGGGAGUCUCUGCCAGAGAAAACCAAGCCUGCCUCAUCAGAACCCUCCAACAGAAACCAGGAAACAUUGAAACGACCCAAAGAGAAACGAGUCGCUUACAUUGAGUUUCCCCCACCUCCGCCUUUAGAGGCAGAGCAUUCUGACCCUGAGAAGAGGGGGUCUUGUGCCUCCUCAGAAGCAGAGACAGAGAUGAUGGAGUUGAACCUCCAAGAGGAGCAUGAUCAGCACCUCCUUGCAGAGCCCAUCAUCAGGGUUCAGCCUCCGUCUCCAGUUCCCCCUGGAGCAGAUGACAGCAACUCUAGCGAUGAUGAGUCUAUCUUCCAUCCCAUCCCCAACAAAAAGUACACCUUCAAGAUGAAGGAGAAGGAGGAAGGAGAGAAGCGUCUGAAACCCAAAAAGCCUGAGAGGAACGGAAACAACAAGGAGUCAGGUACUAAUGGCGUUGUUAAAGCAGAGGAGGAAGACUUGGAGCAAAAUGACCAGUCAAUCACAGACUGCUCCAUAGCCACAACUGAGUUCUCUCAUGACACAGAUGCUACUGAAAUAGACUCUCUCGAUGGCUAUGACCUUCAAGAUGAGGAUGAUGGGUUGAGUGAGCAAGACCCUAAGACAUCCAGCCUGUCCAAUGAUGGCAAGACAUGUGAUCGUUCCUUUAGUCAAUCAAAGCUUGAAGUCAUAGAGGAGGAGAAAACACCAAGUGAGGAUGGAGGGGAUAAUGGGAAAGCAAACUCAGAUCAAAACAUUGGAGAUGAAAAAGACUACACUCUCGAGGGAAGACAUCCAGAUAGACAGUGCGAUAGACAAGGCUUUGCAGAUAACUUCUUUGGCUAUCAACUCGAAGAGGAGUUAAACUCUACCUUCAAAACUGUUGCCACGAAAGGCUUAGACUUUGACCCCUGGUCAAGCAAAGGGGGUGAAGGAGUUUUUGAUGCCAAAGCGAAAGAAGAAGAUCCCAAGCCUUUCGGUUUGUCUGUGGAUGACAAGUCGCAAGCCACCACUCCAGACACUACCCCUGCUAGAACCCCGACUGACGAGAGCACACCGACUAGCGAGCCUAACCCUUUCCCCUUCCACGAGGGGAAGAUGUUUGAGAUGACGCGCAGUGGUGCAAUUGACAUGAGCAAGCGGGACUUUGUUGAAGAGAGACUUCAAUUUUUCCAGAUUGGUGAGCAUUCCUCUGAUGGGAAAUCAGGGGACAAGGGGAGAGGGGGUAAGAGUCCGGGGGUAGUUACCUCUCAGUCAAAAACAGGGGAGAGGGGUGAAGGGGUGAAGGUAGAGACUGCCACAGACAGCAGCACAUCAGCAAAGUGCAUCCCUGCACAGACUGGCACUGGCUGUAGCGAUUCUCCUUCUGGUCUCACUGUAGCCGAGACCACAUCCUCAUGCACCAUUACGGCCUCUAAGGUUGACCCCAAAUUACGCACACCCAUUAAGAUGGGAAUAGCCGUCUCCAUUACAGUGAAAAAAGACUCUGGGGAUCUCAAAGAAUGUAAGGCAGAGAGGUCAGAAAGUCAGAUGGCAGAGUACAUUAACUUGGAAAACCAGUCAGUGGAGAGUCAGUCUAGCGGAUACACAGACCAAAAGCUGUUAGAAAGAAGAGAUAACCCUGCAGAGAACUGCAAUAACAACAAUAACCUUGAGUCCUCAAGCGUGCAGGCUAACUAUAUACAGUGUGGCAGUGUCGUGUUUAAUUUGCAGUCAUCUUCUGAACCCACACUUCAGAAAGCCAGUAGGAUUGAAGCUUUGUUCUGUAGUGACUCUGUAGAGAGAGUAGAAGAAAGCAGUGUUCAGGCUGAACAAAGAGAAAGUGAAGCCGUCAAGGAAGCUGAGACGAAGCAGCAAAAGUCUAGGCUGCCUGUCAAAGCGCCAGGGUGGUCUUUUCGUACACAAGACACAGCAAUAGGGAAGCAAAAACCCAAACAGGUUGUCAAGGCUGAGGUCAGGAGAAGAGCAGAGCCUGUCAUUGCCAAAGUAGAGCCCAGGUCUAGAAUCCCAAUCAAAGAUAUUAAAAAGAGCAGCACAACCAGCUGCCCAAUAUCAGUGCAGGUAACAGCUCAGUCUACCAGGGAGAGAGUAACCAUACAGUUACCCUCCAGGUUCCCCAUUAAAAACAGAUCUCAGGUUAGCUCGGCAGGUGAGACGAGUAGGGAAAACGGCAGCGAGGUUUGUAAACGCACCAUCGAGUACUUUAAGGGCAUUAGCGGGGAGACGCUAAAGCUGGCCGACCGCCUGUCAGAUGAAGAGAAAAAGACACAGGGAGAACAGUCCGAGGAAGACAGCACCUCCAGGAGCACCUCUCUGUCGGCCCCCUCUCAGCCCUCCCACUCGUCGAGGUCUGGUAGAGGCUCGAGAGCUGAGGCCGGGACCUUGUCCGUAAGGGCUAAGGUCGACAGGGCCUCCGGCAGUGAGAGGAGCAGGAGGAGUAGGCGGACUGGUGGGAAGGAGGGCAGUCAGGUUGCGGGGCCUCGGGCGCCCCCCGUCGCGGAGAUCAAGCCUAGUCCUCAGAGUCCCUGUGAGCGAACAGACCUGCGGAUGGCCAUCGUGGCUGACCACCUGGGACUUAGCUGGACUGAGCUAGCUCGGGAAAUGGACUUUUCUGUCGACGAGAUCAACCACAUCCGAGUGGAGAACCCCAACUCCCUGACAGCGCAGAGCUUCAUGCUACUAAAGAAAUGGGUCAGCCGGGACGGUAAAAACGCAACGACGGAUGCCUUAACUGGAGUGCUGACCAAAGUCAAUCGGAUGGAUAUUGUGACUUUACUGGAGGGGCCGAUAUUUGACUAUGGUAACAUUUCAGGCACGAGAAGUUUUGCCGAUGAUAACGCUGUUUACCUGGAUCAGGCUGAUGAUUAUCACAGCAUCCUAGCGGAGCUGCAAUCCCCAGUCCAACUGCAUUCUGACCCUCCCUUCACGGAGCUCCACUCUGAACCCCCUACCCUCACCAUCGACCCCACCCCUGUCCAGCUCCACCCACACCCCCCUACCCUCAUCCUCACCCAGUCUGAGCCCUGGACUGGCCACAUGGAGCCUAGUGUGGAGCUUGACACCUCCACUAGAACCCACCUUAGGCCCUGGGAGCUGUCCCUGUCCAUUCACACCCUUCACUUAGAUCCCACCGCUGCCACCAACACAGGAAUGGCUGAAGGUGACCAGGUGCUGAUGGUACAAGUGGAAGAAGAGAAAAAGGAAGUGGACAUAAGCCUCCAACAGCAGGAGGACAGCAGACAGACAGGGGCAUCAGCGGUGGAGGCUGAGGACGUCGUAAAGGGAGGUGGUGAGGAAGGGGUAGAGGUGGGUGAGAUGGCAGAAGAGGGGGAUAAAGUGGUAGAAGCAAAGAUCGGGGCUAAGGUAGCGGAAGAGGGGACUAAGGUGAGGGUGGAGGGGGGUAAGGUGGGGGUGGAGGGGGGUAAGGCAGUAGAGAAUGGGGCUGAGGUGGUGGAAGAAGGGGGUGCAUAUCUCUCCCCCCAGGCCUGGGCUGAGGCAUUGGGGGAGCAGGGUGUGUCUGGUUCCACCGAGGAAGAGGAUGGAGACGAAGACGAGAAGACAGAAGAUAAGUUAAAGUCGCUGUUGGAGGAUAUUCAUUUGGAGGAAGGCUCAGAGGAGGAGGACGAGGAAAUGACGGAGACCAGGGUUCAGGCGAUUCUUAGUCAGGUGCAACAGGCAGAAAAAGACGUGUGUUCACUUCCAGGUUGGCACAGUGACACAUCCAGCGUCAACGUGGAGCCCCCCACACCCGGCCGCAGUGUGAGCUCAGACCUGCUAGACCGCCAGGAAAAUAGCCAGGAGAACUCCAGUGACUCCAUCACCUCUUCCUCUAGAGGAGAGCUAGCGAGGUCUAGGUACAAUGGCGAUAACACGGAGCUACCACCUCAGGACGGGUCACUUCCUGUAUCGCAGGACUCAGCCAACGGAAGAACUGGACGUGGGAAGGAAGAAGGCACGCUUGUAUCUGAGAGGAAAGUCCAGCAGCGUUUUAGUGAGUCUGACGAGGAGCGGACUGUCACCACCAGGGUGUUUCGGCGCCGGGUCAUUUUCAAGGGAGAACAGGCAAAGAAUAUUCCGGGCGAAUCAGUGACAGAAGAACAGUUUACUGAUGAAGACGGUAACAUCAUCACUAGAAAAGUCAUCAGAAAGGUUAUCCGCCGGGUGUCCACACCCACGCCUGACGACCAGGGCGGGGACAGGGGGAGUUGGGACCGAGGAGACCCCUGGCCCUGCCCUUUCUUACUGGAGGAGGAGUUAGAGCAAGGAGAUGGAGCUAAAAGCAGGUCGGAAGAAAAGAAGCUUCAAUCGUAGGGGUAGCUGUGCUCCACCAGGUGUGCAGGAAUUCUUCUCAUCUGUUUCCAGGGCAGAAAGUUACAAACUGAAAAACUCAAGAAAUUUCAGCCAGGACUUGAUCCGUCUGAUUUCAAUAUGAGCAUGAAAAUCUCACUCCCUGUCAAUUGAGGGACCUGGAAGGUUCUCACCAUGGAAUCUGAAUUCUAAUUGUAUGGCUCUCACUUCCUGUGGUCUAUGGACCAGGAGAAUUCUGCUUCCUGUUUGUGACUCGUAACGUGCCAUUGGUGUCGUGAGAGCUUUUGAGGAGUAAUUGUGGUGACAACAAAAAGGACUCCCAUCACAGAAAAACUACAGGUUCAACUGAACAUACACCUGUGACCAAAGAUGGCACAAAAGCUCAAUUCUAGUAGUAGGAGAAAGAAAAUCAACAAAAUUACACAAAACCUAGAGGAACACUUCUGAUCCACCUCCAACACUCGCCUUAUAGUUUUUUCUUGGACCCAUAAAUGUCAGGUUGUAAAUUGCUGUGGGGUUUGUUUUCCUUUUUAAAACUAAAAAUAAUACACAGCUUUUUCCUGUAUAUAAAUUACAAUGUGUACAAUAGAAAAAUGAUGAGUUACAGGAUGAUAAUGCACAGGAGAGAACUUUACAAGUGCUUUCAACAUUAUUAUCAAAAUGGUUCCACUUUUAAGGAAGAUUUGAGUGUAACUUCACACGUUCUUGUAUAAUUCAUUAUUAUAGCAGGUAUAAUGUUUGUAUAUGAAAAAAGCUGGUUAGAUUUUAACAGAAGACAUUUCCAGAAAAUCUUCUGCAAAUUUAAGUGAUUCCUAAAAAGGGGAUGUAUCUAAUUCUGCAAAAGCAGAGUACUCAUAUUUUCAUGCAUGCCGUUCACAUUAUUUUAAGUACAAUUUUUACAAGUUUGCAAACACUGUAUUAAAAUGAGAAUUAAAACCCUUUAUCUGUGUACACAUAUAGUCCUUACAUUUGUCACCAGUUUUAUAUUUGAAAUGAAAAAAAUACCAUAAAAGCAUUUAUUGUGUCGGGGACUAGGAACAGUAUGAAGAAAAUUUGUUCUAUAGCUUCUUGAGGGUUUAAUGUAGUCUACCGUUUGUCUAUGUAAAACUGAACGGCAGCUUCUGCUGGCAUUAGCAUAAAUGCUAUGAGAAAGAAGUUAUCUGAAUGUAUAUGCUAGUAGACUGGCUCGCCGUAAAACUAUAACUGUAUUGUGUGUAUUGGCUAUAAGGUGUAGAGGUCUCUGUAAGACUGUUUGUAAUCAUUUUAGCGGUGUGUCAUUUGGUUUUAUGAAGGCUGCUGUGGUUUUAAAGAAAAGGUGUCAUUUCCUUUUGGGCUUUGGUGAAGUACUUCCUUAAAUUUAAUCUACUCACUUAAAGACAUAAGACAUUAUUUGAUUGUAGCUCUUAAUAGAAUAUGUAUGACAAAAACACUGGAUGGUCAAACGAUUAUUUAAGCAUCAAAUUGUGUGAUCUUUCUUGGCUUGAGAAUCUGUAUGCGGUGUCUAACUAGCAUUCAUUUGAUAGCUCAUUGGCGAUUACUUUGCAUUAGAUCUUCACUUUGUAUUGGUUUGACUAGAGGCCCAUGUAGUUAAAGUGUGGUGUUAUUCUGGUGUGAAGGCUCAGACUUAGUGUGAUGAUGUUUAUGCUGUGGACAUGACAACCAAGUAAAGGACUUUAUUUUUAGACAAGUGAAGUCAUUUAGGGUAUUGUAUCAUAUCUCCCAUCCUACAUGUCAAUCAGGGGGUAGAGGCUAAUUUGAUCAAUUUUGUUUGAUAUGUGUUUUCACCUGAGCUGAUUUUUCGAUGUACAAUUCUUACUAACAGAGUGAAGCCAUUGAAAUGUAACUAUUCUAGCACUUUGGUUAUUCAAAGUCUUAUUUUAGAGGCUAUAGCAGUAAUGACGCCACCACAAUGUUUCAAUUUAAAAACAAAAUAACAAAAUAAAAAUGCAUUGAUUUUGCAA